AAAACUUGUAGUUUUGUAUGAUAUUUGUUUAGUCACUGAGGAAGACAAGGGUUCGAAAAUGUGGUUUUUAAUCCCAAUUCUUUUUCAACUUUCUGAAGGACAGGGUGUUUCAAAAGGCCUGUACAGAGAACUGUUCAACUUUCCACUCAAAGAUAAUCCAUUUUUUGCCAAGAUUAUGGCAGGCGGUAGUAUGUUCUCUGGGGAAGGAAUCGUAAAUCCUGGAAUGUCUUCUAGUGGGUUUACGUGCAAUACAAUGGGAAACUUGAACUGUGGUGAUACACCCAUACGCUGCAGAGGGCUUGGUGUUAUUGACUGUACUGAAGCAUGUCCAGGAAGCGAAAGUGAAUUCAAAAAGUUUCUCUCUGUGAUGGAGGACCCAGAGUUUGAGAAGAAGUAUCCCGAGCUACACAAAAUGAGGGCAGGACAAAAAUCUAAACCACAGGAUGAGAAGGAGAAUGAAGAAAAAAAACCCGAAAAAGAGGACUCGAAAAAAGCAUUCUUUAACAUGCUUAGCCAGUGUGACACCUUUUCAGAAGAAACGAUGGCAUUCAUUAAGCUUGCCAAUGGGGGAGGUGGAGGAGGUAUCGGAAGCAAUGAAGAAAGUGUACUUCAGAAAGUAGACGAAGACGCUGUUGCUGGUUUCGGUGACUACUCUUAUUCCUAUGAUGACCCACCUUCAUCUGAAAGCAUUCAAGAAAUAUCUGCUGAGGAGGAAAAAAUCAACUUUACGGAGAGAUCCUUGGAUGAUAAAAAUGAAAUUGACUCUAGUAUCCAACAUAACUUAAAGAUAAGAACAUCGAGUAAUGUACUGGACAGGGAACCAAAAGAGAGUCUGAAAGAAGAAAAAAGCAUUUCUAUAAAUACGGUAACAGAAACAGGCGAGAUCACAAAACAAAAUUUAAAGAAAGAUGAAAGCGGUUUUAACGACACUGAACAAAAAGAUAUGGCCACACAAAGUGAUAACGACGAUGGUAGCAUAAUCGAACGUAAUAAAACAGACACAAAGGAAGACGAUAAAAGUAAGGAAACACUACUGAAGGAUUUUAAAGAGAUGACUCCAGAUAAUUUCGAAAUGGAAGAAAAACUAAAUCCAAAGUAUUUAGCUAGCGUUUACAACGGAAAGAAGAUAGUAAAUGACCCAAAAGAUGCUGAAAUAUACUAUCUAAAAAAUAUUGAAGACUUAAAGCAAUAUGAAAAUAAAAAGAAAAUUCUAGGGAAGUCCUCAAACUUCAUAAGAUCUGCAGAGUCCGAAUCAUCUGAAGAAAAAAUGGAAUCAGAAAUGCCGAUGUCUUUACCUCUUUCGACUCUUGAAACGCUCAUACCUUCCCUUGAAACUAAGAAGAAUAUGAGCAGUACUGAAGAAGUUGACAUCGGCAUGAACACGGAAAAUUUACGAAGAAAGAGAGCCGCAGUUGAGCUAAGCGAGAUUGUGGAAGCAAACAUUAUGAAAUAUUUUCUCAGCGAGGCAGUUAAAAGUGCCAAACAAAUGGAGCUGCAUCCUGAAUGGAACCAGAAUCAACACAAGUACACCCUUAAACUUGCCAAAGAGGUCUUGAGAUUGAAAAGAGAAAUAGGUACUAGUGCUGUAAAUGAUAACUCGGGCAUGAAGUGUGUAGUAAGAAAUAUGACUUGUUCAGAGUUUCCAAGUAAACUAAACUGCUCUGGAAUAGGCGUUGGACACUGCGGAAGCCGUGCAGACCUUCUGGCAUAUAUCCUCACCCCACAAGUUGUUGUAAUCUCCUUAUUUUCCAUCAUGGCAGUUGCAACUCUCAUCAUGACUCUUGCAUACUAUCUCUACAAAAAGAAAACGGAGGCGCAAGUAUCUCCUGCAGCUCCUACUGUUCCUACCAAGAAUGGACCUGGUGUUCCCUAAACGAGCUGCAUUUUUUAGACCUGUCACAUAUAUAUACUGUACAAUUUUUGAGAUCAUGUUUAAGCGCACUUUUCGGAAAGAUUUCAUGUAAAAUUGUGAAAAUCACUACUUACAAAUUGCUUAAAUACCAUGUAAGAAAUGAAAACUGUAUGUUGUUAACAUAUAUGUAAUUAGAAUAAAUUACGAUUGUGUC